GGGCGGAAGGGAAGGAAGAUGCCAAUGGGAGAAGAGAAUGAAAUGAGAGCAUUAGGACCCUGCAGGCACCGGGAGGAAGGUCACAUGGGCGGAAGGGAAGGAAGAUGCCAGCAGGAGGAAAGUGACAGGAGCGGAAGGGAAGGAAGAUACAGACUGAGUGCAGGAAACAUAAAGGCACUGAAGGGGACUGACACAUCUAAUACCUACUGCAGCCAUCUACCAAGUAACUUUUAUUUCUGAUCUAUUUUUCUAGAAGGAAGAAUGCAACAGAUUUCAUGCUUACCAAACCCAGAGGUGAACUUUCAUCAUGCAAUAGAAUAAUAUUAACGUGGAUAGUGUAAAAAUGACAUUUUCUCGUCAGGCAUCACUGCUUCUCCUCUGUGCCAGUCUGGGGAUUGUGCUUUCCAGGUCACACAGAGCAUCAACAAGAAAUGAUACACAGGGAAUGGACCUACACAAUAUAACAAUGCACAAACAGUUUCAGAUCUCUGCCAAUUCACCAGCGCACCGUGACCUAAUUGCCAGAGAAGGCAGCAGCACAGUGAUAGAGUGCAAUCUUAAUGCAACCCAGAAUGGAGAUGUCGUGUGGUUUAAUUCUAAAGGAUAUCUGUUGGGAGAAGAAGACAGAGAAGGGAAGUGGCUGAUAUCUGCCAGUGGAGCCCUUAAUAUAACCAGCGUGACCUUUGCUGAUCGAGGAAGAUAUACAUGUAUGUGUCCAGAUGGAAACGGAACAUCUUUCUAUUCUGUUACUCUUAGGGUGACUUUCACCACAGGGGACAUGGGCAUUUACUACAUGAUCAUCUGCUUAGUUACUUUCACUAUCACCCUAAUUCUGAACAUCACCCGACUCUGCAUGAUGAGCAGCCACCUGCGCAAGACAGAAAAGGCCAUUAAUGAGUUUUUCCGCACAGAAGGUGCAGAGAAGCUACAGAAAGCUUUUGAGAUUGCCAAGCGCAUCCCAAUUAUCACUUCUGCUAAGACCCUGGAGUUGGCUAAAGUCACUCAGUUUAAGACCAUGGAGUUUGCUCGCUAUAUAGAAGAGCUGGCCAGAAGCAUCCCGCUGCCGCCCCUCAUCUUCAACUGCAGAGCCUUCAUGGAGGAGAUGUUUGAAGUUGUGAGAAUCGACGAUCCCGACCAGGUUGAACCAGGAGGCAUCUACACCAUCAGCCCAGCGAUACCACGCAGUGGGUCCCCUGCAAGUGAUUCCGAUGAUAAUUCCGUUCAAGGUCAAGAGAUUGCCGUUAACGUAUCUGUGCACCCUCAUUGUGAGACUCAAAGCAUAAACACCAACAACUCCCGUGAUAGCUACCAUAUAGUAUCUCCAGAGGAAGCUGUCUCCAUGCUGGGCCCGGACAGGGCAGCUGAAGUAAUAGUAUGACACCUUUAAUCAUAAAUCAUUCCUUUCACUCUCAAAACACCUGUCGUGCCAGUUAUUAUUUCAUUCCAUGACAUUUCUGCAUAUUAUACAGUAUGAGUUGUAAAUAAUAAUGUGUUUGGAGAUAACCGCGAUCAAGUACAUUUUUUAUUGUUUCUCUUAGGUCAAAAGAUUAAUGACUGCCUACCCCUAUAAAAGCAGGGCAUCAAAAGAAUGUGUAGUUCAGAUGAAUUAUAUACUGUUUGUCUUAACAUGUGAAAUGUGGACCUAUAAGAAUAAGGCAAGUGAAGCAUAAAAAAUCUA